AUGGCGACCGACCCGGAACAGUCCGAAAGGCGGACCGCAGAAGCAAAUGGCGUUCCUCGGCUGUUUAUCCCGGGUUUCGGCAUGUCCAAGGGUUACAACCAAGUGUCCGACAACGAAGAGCGCGACCUUGUCGACUCGUACACGGAGGUCAUUCCCCCAACCAGUGCACGUCCAGGCGUGCGCAUAAGUUGGCCAGACGAGGAUGGGGACGAACUUGCCGACCUUGCCUCCCUCAAACCGGUGUCGGAAAAUCCAAGGCAAUCCCGAUUCCUGGAGUCUGUUGACGAGCUCUCGCAAAUGAACAGGGCGAAUUCGUUGCAGAGCCUCGAGGGCAAUACGCUCCAGCCGCCGGAAGAAUACUCAAGUGCCUUUCGGCGCGAAAAGGACUGGCUCGCUCAGUAUGCUCAACCGCCCACAAAUUGCCAUUCGAAACAGGAUGUGCAUGUUCGGCGAAUGAGCUGGGGGUUCAUCAUACCUAUCAUCCUAUCCGUGUGGUCUACAGCAUUGAGCUUGUUGUGGCUGCUUGCGGCUUGUAUCGGCAUCCCAUACGGAGACAAGAUAUCAUCGAGUCAGGGUUCGGCUUGGCUGACACCCGCAAGCGCAUCGUUACUUGCCACUGUGGGAGCCAAGUCGAUCGAGAUAUCGUUCGUCACGGUUACAGUCACAUGCAUCGGUCAGGUUCUCACCAGGAGGGCUUUUGCGAAGGAAUCCAAGGGUAUAAGCAUUGCGGAGAUGUCAUUAAGGAAUUGGAUUCUUCAACCGGGAACCAUGUUCACCCACUGGGAAACCGUGCCUCAGCCAAUCAGAACCAAACUGGGCGUAGUAGCCAUGAUCUCUGCUAUUUGCGCAUUGACAUACAUCCCUGCAUCUGACGCUGUGCAACGGCGAGCUAUGCCAACGUUUAUCUCAUCCGAGACUCCUGUACAACCCCCCCAAUCGACCAAGGUCUGGAUUUCAACAGCUCUUCCGGAUCCUGCCUCGACGCCCAAUUUGCUGGCCAAUAAUCAUAUACCCCUGCCAACUGACGAUGAUCCAACGUAUUUUGUCCUGCGCGCAAGUGUCGUCUCGCCUACUGUCGACGUGUUAUGUGCCAACAUGGAACGAAGUGAACUGGACCCACUGGUGUAUACAUCAUGGCCGGGAGCCCGAGUGGAAGACACAGAGGUUCUGGGACAGACGAUUGGCGCCUACGAUUGGCAAACAGAUGUCCCGGUUGCAAGCAAGACGGACUGGCUCAAUGAGACGGCGGUGGACGAAGUCUUUAAAUGGGGCAGCAAAUAUGGCCGUUGGCCGCCAAGCUUUCAGUUGUUUCCGAACGACUGGAACAUGGUCGUUAACGACAGUUCCAAUAUGGGUAAGAAUGACGAAAUAGGCCCGUCAGAUACACUUUACUUCCUCGCGAAAUCAGGAUUGAUCGAUGACUUCACUCUCUGCCAGUUUCAAUCCUGGGUCUCGCCGCUCUGUUAUACAGAAUAUAACAUUACCGGAUCUACAGGCGCAACAAUAACUGCUCUCAAGGGCGACGCGCUAGAGCCAAACCCAUCCUCAGAUUGGCGCCACCUCGCUGCGCAAUGGUGGACGAGCAUGGACCUGGGUGGAGGUAAAUAUAACAACAACGCAUCCAACGCGCGUAUAUUCACACACCUUGUUCUCCGGGAGCCAUCGUUGAACGAAUCACUUCCCACUAUAGCUGAGGCCCUUGCGGUGCUUUCAUCGUCUUCGGUGGUCACUGGCUCGAUACAAGCAACUUUUAAGCAUUAUUGGGGGGGCGCCACCAGCUACAAUGAAACAUUCAAGCCAGCCCCCAUGGACGAAUGGUUCGAUGCUAGAGUAGGAAGGGUAGAGUACACUUCGGGAAUGACUUGGGCUCAAGCCGCUGUAUUCGGGCCCGUACUGCUCUUCACCUUCUUGAUCAAUGUUCUUUGUGCGUUCCUCUUGAUCAAGUUCAGGGGAAGAGUAACGGACUAUAUCAAACCACAGAACAUGAUCGCACUGGCCAUCAACUCACCGCCCAGCAAGGUGCUACGGGGAAGCUGCGGUGGAGGACCGGAGAAGAACCAGAUGACCGCACCGUUCAGGAUCGCCUAUGCAGCCAGUGCGAACCACUAUUAUUUCCAGGAGGCGCCAGACAAAUUCAAGGCAAGACAUAGCCUGUUGAGCUCAAGAAGUGAGGCUGCCCUGUUGGCUGACGGAAGUUACAACAAGAGUUACAAGAGGCUGAGCACUACCAAGCCACUGAUGUAG